AUGAGGGGAAUUGAGUAUGAUAAUGGGCAACGUAGGGUCGGUGGUAGGUCUGGGGAGCUGCAUCGUAAGGCUCUUAGUGAUGUGACGUCUCAGGUUUCGAAUAAGGUUUAUGGUGGAGGUAAUACUUGGAAGAGUUCAGGAAACUCUUUUAAAAACGGUGCUGCCAAGCCCUCAGGUGGGGCCAGUGCUGCAGUUGAUGAUACAGGGUAUGGUUUCUUUGGUCCUGGUGGGGACGAUUUGGUUGUCGAGGAGGAUUCUUUAACUGAGGAUGAAGGGCUCGAUAGGUUAUACUCGAGGAAUAUUCUGGAGAGACAGCAGAUUAUUGAUUUGGAUACGUAUGCUGAGAUUGUGGACGAUGAUCUAGAGAGUGUGGACGACCAAUUGAGCGAUAAGUUCGAAGGACAGAUCGAUGAGGACGAGGUAAACGAGGAUGAGGAUGAAGAGGAUGAUUUUGCGGAAACCGCAAAUAGAGAACCUCUGUCUCCUAUGCACAACGAGGAAAUACAGGAAACUUUAGAUGCGGCAUUCAAGGAAUGCUACAGGGACACUCCAGACCCCAUGGAUGACGACACCUACGACGUGGUGAUGGUGUCAGAACUGUCAAAUGAUAUCUUCAAGUAUUUGCGUGAAUUGGAACAGAGAUAUAAGCCAAACCCUUACUACAUGUCGAGUCAAUCGGAAUUGAAGUGGUCAUACAGAAGCACGUUGAUAGACUGGAUUGUACAGGUCCAUGCUAGGUUCCAACUGCUGCCGGAAACUUUAUAUCUAACGGUAAACAUCAUCGACAGAUUUCUGUCGAAGAAAACUGUAACUUUGAAUAGAUUCCAACUAGUAGGUGCAGCUGCAUUGUUCCUGGCUGCAAAAUACGAAGAAAUAAAUUGCCCAACAUUGAAGGAUAUAGUGUAUAUGCUGGACAAUGCAUAUACAAAGGACGAGAUUAUUAAAGCUGAACGAUUUAUGAUCGAAACUCUAGAUUUCGAAAUAGGCUGGCCAGGCCCAAUGUCCUUCCUAAGAAGAAUAAGUAAAGCAGACGACUACGAGUAUGAUAUCAGAACAUUGGCGAAGUACCUGCUGGAAAUAACCAUAAUGGACUCAAGACUAGUUGCUGCCCCUCCAAGUUGGUUAGCUUCAGGUGCCUAUUUUUUAAGUAAAAUCAUCCUAGGAUAUAGCGACUGGACUAUACAGCACGUCUACUACUCUGGAUAUACCCAGGAACAGAUAUUCCCAUUGGCAACAACCAUCCUAGAAAACUGUAGAGAUGCCUCAACUAAACAUGAAGCCAUCUGGAAGAAGUAUUCUGAACGUCGCCAACAUAGAUCUGCUCAUAUCGUAGCUAAAUGGAUAACCUUAGCAGAAAGAAAAAUAGAACAAUCAGCAUGA